UGCGCAGACGGAUUCCACCUAGGUCCACACCGCGCAUAAAUCAUGUUUGGUAGGCACUAGGCAGUGAAAGGUGGAGAGUACAAAGCCUGUGUCCUCAGUGUUUGUUAGGAUUUGGUUAGUUCUAUUACAAUGAUUAUAUCCAUUCUCCGCAAGAUAAGAUAGUACCUUUCUGUCUGACAUGCGCUAAUUGUGUUUUCGCAUCUGCCGUUCUUGCUAGCAAGUGUGAAGUGUUAGCUGGACAGCGUUUUCACGUUACAGGUCGAAAUCGAAAAUCAUUAGUGGUCUUGUUUGGCAGGGAUUUUGUGAUAAAAAUAGCUCCAAACGUCAGUAUAGACAGCCCUACCGCGGCUUACCAAAGGACCAUGUCAAAUUACUAGCUGGAGGCAAACAUUAGGGCUAAAUAACGUUAGCUACUAGCUGUGGGAUUUGUAUUUGCACUCCUCGCUGCCACGGUGUCGUGUGGCGUCCACGUCGAGUGUCGUCUGCUCUGUUGAACGUUGCCAGCUGAGCUAGGCCACGUCCCUGCGGGCGUUUUUUAUCUAACCUACUGACUUUGGACGAUUUGCAGAGAAGAUGCCUUGUGUGCGGAAGGAGGAAGGAGUGUCAAGAUCAGUAGAAAUGUGAAGUCUUUAACGUUCGCGACUACACCACACAGACUGCCUGUCUGUAGUAGUAGUGUUUGCUUUUUCGACUGGUUGCUGCAUAUACACGGCAUGUCACGUAGACGGGUGGGUUUCACAGCGGGAGACUACUCUCGUUGAGCUCUGUAGGUUGCGGUAACAACCUGAAGUAACGUUUCACUUUGUUUUUUGAAAUGGUUGGGUUUGGUGCAAACCGACGGGGAGGCCGCCUCCCGUCCUUCAUCCUCAUCUUCUUGAUGUUGAUCAUCGCCAUACUGUCUUUCAACUACUGGACGGUGUCCAACAAGCACAGCCACUUGCUGGAUGAGCUGGCGGAGGUACAGACGCAGGUGAAGCGCACGGACGCGGCGCGGAACCGCCUGGAGAAGCGGAACUCGGAGCUGAUGAUGCAGGUGGACACGAACAGGAAGCAGAUCGACCAAAAGGAUGGAGACUACAGCGUCCUGGAGGGCAAGUUGCAGGCCCGGGAGGCGUUUAUCAAAAAGUGCACUGAUGAAAAGAUGAAGGUGCAGGGUGAUGUCACAGCCCAAAUGACAGAAAUCCAGCGCCUGAAAGAGCAGCUUAAGGAGCUGAAGCAGGAGUUCAUGAAACAGGAAGAGCAGCUAAGAGAAGUGAAGAAAAACAGCACUACCUUGGAAAGAAAACUGGAGUAUGAGAGUUUACAGUGUGGACGUCAAAUUGAACAACUGAAAGACGAGUAUGAAGAAGCAAAAAAGACGUUGGAGGAAGAAGCAUCAAAGUUAAGACUGAGUGUAAUGGACGGCCAAAAAGGUGCAGUAGCAGGGAGACGUGCAGAGGGAGCCCACGGGGUGGAGAUGGUUGGAGAGCGCCAUACAGUGGCCACUCACCGGCACCAGAGUACAGAUUUAAAAGAAGAGAUGGGUAAGCCCGGCAGUGAUGCUGGCAUGCCUGGUAUUGAAGACAGUGAGGUGGGGAAAAUCGAUGAUGUGCAAUAUGCCUUGAAGAAACCAGCCAUCACUCAGAAGCAUGAUGAGGCCCCCGACGUGGUUGUGGGAGCUGGUGCGGGACCUGGAGUCGGAGCAGCGGAUGGCCCCGGGGGCCAGGGCCUGUCCCUGGACCAACCCAGGCUCCAGCAGGACCCAGUGGAGGCCCAAGCAGCAGUGGUUGCACCUCCAGCUGUCAAACAGGCAGACAAGCCCAUAGUGUUUGAAGAAGACAACAAGGCGGGUAUCAAGGCAGAUGAACUGGGAGAACAGCAAAGACAACUCCAAGCUCCUGAUAAUGUCAAGGGGGAGAGCGAACACUUGAAGGGGAUUCCUCUGCCCCCCAACCCUGCCCAGGAGCCCAACCCCAUCCAACCUCACCGCGCCAAAGACCAAAUUCCAGCAGAGCCAGUACACCACCGCCAAAGCCGGUUCUUUGAUGAGAACGAGUCCCCAGUAGAUCCGCAACACGGCUCUAAGCUAGCGGACUACAAUGGGGAUGAUGGUAACGUGGGUGAGUAUGAGGCCGACAAGCAGGCCGAGCUGGCCUACAAUGAGGAAGAGGAUGGUGAUGGUGGGGAGGAAGACGUUCAAGAUGAUGAGGAUCGGGACAUGCAGGCAGACCGGGCUGUAGAUUAUGGGAAAAGACAUCAAGCCAUUGACAUUCUCUGAAUGGGAGCUCACACAAUUAUAACUCAUCAACAAUAUUCAGACCUUCCUCUACAACCAAGGUCUUUUCUUGAGAAAAUAGUUUGAACAUCAGUAUGUUUAAGAAUUUAUAGAGUGCAUCCUCAGUGUCAUGGACUAUUUUGAAAAACAGACAUUGCAAAUAUUGAAUUCAUUCUGAAUAGUGUACAAUAUCACAAAGAAGAAAAUAAUCAUGGCAUUGUUCUGAGCUGCUGUUAAUUUGCUAAUGGUUCUAAGUUAUGGCAGUAGAGAUGAUAUACUGUACACGGACUGUCGGGUUUUGUUAUUUGAUACCUGCCUGAGUUUAUUAUGGAGUGAUCUGAACGAGCCCCGUUGACUCGCAGUUGAACUACAAGGUCAAACUUUUUUUUUUUUUUCUAGUUUUCUUUUCAGGUUGCUGUUGCUUGAUUUAAACAAACUCUUUACCUGGGAUGUUUAUCAAGGAGACUAAUUCAGCAUUUUUCUUUCUAACAUGAUUUUGGGACUUUUACACGGAAGACCAUUUUUUCAUUUACAGGAGUUGGAAUAGAUUGCAAAUGCCAAGGACUUUGCUUAUGGCCUAUUAAAUCAUUUUCUUUCUUUGUGACAGACACUCAAAAUUGCUCCUUGUUCUGUUUUUUUUAAAUGAUGCCAUUGCAUGCAUUUGAAACUUUUUAUUAAUCAAACUGCAAAAUAUUGAUGCUUAAGCAAUACUUAGAGCAAUGUUACUAUCCUCCACAGUGUGCAAAGAAUAACCAAGCACAUAUAGAACUGACAUACUGUAUACCAUACAUGCUUCCAUUAAUGAGGUCUCUUUUACAUAAAGUAGUUGUACUGUUACCAUUUGUACGGAGGAAACCUAUUGCCUCAACUUUUAAGAAAAUCUGUAAAAAAGAAAUCCGUUCUGUUUGUGCAGCCAGGAAAUUUUCUCAUGGGAAAGCACAUUGAAUGUAAUUUUAUUUUAUUAAAGGUGAUGCUUCGUCAUUUGUCAGUUAUGUG